AACAUUGAAUGUAAAUGGUGAACUUGUACCAACAACAAGAAAUCAUAUUCAUAAAAUUAAUUCCCAUGAUCUUCUUUACAUAACAUCGUCACCAGAUUAUUGUGAUGAUAAUGUAUUAACUAAUAAUUCUAUUCAAUACGCAGGUAUUGCUCAGCAUCGUUAUACGUGGCUUCGGCCAAUUGAUUGUCAUCGAGCUAGACGUGAUGGUUUUGAUGUUGUUCAUUCGAGAUUAUGUAGACGGUUCUUGGAUUUAAUGCCGUAUAUACAUCAAGCGACAAAAGAUGUUCUUUCAACAUGUACAUCAGUUUUGAGUUUACAGCGAUGGAAUUGUAGUUCAUUGUAUUACUUACCGAAUUUACCGACAGAAUUACGUGCUGGAACAUCUGAGCAAGGCUAUGUUGAAGCACUAUCAGCAGCUGCUAUCACUCAUGCGAUGGCACGUCUAUGUUCAACUCAACAUAGUCCAAGAUGUGGUUGUGAAUCGAAUACAGUACAUGCAUCAUUGACGGACAUCGUUUUUAAACAUAAUAACGCUUUAGGACGACAUGUAGUAAAAGAUAGUUUAGAACAAAAAUGUAAAUGUUCAGGUGUUAGUGGUUCAUGUACAAUUCAAACAUGUUGGAAAGCAUUACCACAAUUAGAUGUAAUUGCCCGAAAAAUAAAAUAUCGUUAUUCGAAUGCAAUUGAAGUAACAUUGAAUGUAAAUGGUGAACUUGUACCAACAACAAGAAAUCAUAUUCAUAAAAUUAAUUCCCAUGAUCUUCUUUACAUAACAUCGUCACCAGAUUAUUGUGAUGAUAAUCUAGUAUUAGGCACACAUGGAACUCAUGGACGACCAUGUAAUGCCAGUAGAAAAUUUAAGAGUGAAGGUAGUUGUGAUGAUUUGUGCUGUGGAAGAGGAUAUUCAACAAAAAUGUAUUUUAUCCGAAAACAAUGUAAUUGUAAAUAUGUACACUGCUGUUUUGUUCAAUGUGAAACAUGUGUCGAACAAGAAUUUGAACAUUAUUGUAAAUGA